AUGUUGACUUACGUUGGCACCCCUGACAACCGCCGCCAACUUCACGGCACAGCGGCAUACGCUAACGUUACGUUAGUUAUGUUUUGAACUGUUUGUGUACGGCAUACGGUUUCUUAAAUAAAAGAAUUUCGUAUUUUCAUCAAUGGAACGAACUUUUUUGUUUCCGUUGACAAUCGGACAACGGCUUUUGUGUUAUUUUUAUGUUAUUAAAAGUGUUUUCAAGUGAUAAGUGUCCGUUGAUAAGUAAGUUAGUGAAAGUUUGGUUAUGUUGACAGUUGAACUCAUUAAAGCGGUUGAUUGUAACAUGUUUGGACAAAAAAAUGUGUGAUUAGUAUUUAUCUCAGAAUUCACGUCACAACAAAUCUGACUCGUGAAAUGCGUAUACCAAACAAUCGUAUCUUAUCAAAUCAAAUGAUUGUGCAAAUGAGAACAGUUUAUCAGUGGCGUCAGUCCGAGGCGGGCUACUGCGAGGUCUCCGGCGCCAGAGCCCUACCAUUGAGCACGUUGUUGCAGGCCGCACUCGACACGCCGGCGCCGCACCGAGUGAACGUCGGGAAGGAAGCGACUCACGUAACUAUCGUUAGUGAAUAGAGUGCGCGAAGUCGAUCGUGACGUGCAAUGCCCAGGGCCCAGUGCGCCCCGCUACCCCUCACAGGGCUAUGGAGACCCUCCUCGAUAAGUUCAAGAGGGAGCAAAGUGGUCUACGACGUUCCAGAUCCGUCCGCGCUUCCCUACGACUGAUAGGCAACCGCUGGCGGUCCAAAGACGAGGACACUACAGAUGACAUCGACAAGAUCAAAACCAACGGAAUAUUAUUCACUAAGCCCAUCUGGACCGAGAAGGACUACGACGUAGCGUAUACGGGUAUCGAAGGAACGUAUAAACCAAAGACACCUGCCAUGGCGAAGAGAAAAGCUGAGCCACCAAAAGUGAGGAAGAAGAGUGGAGACAUUGACUUGAGUUUGAAGCCGCAGCGACCAAAGAAAGUGGAGAAAAAGUUUAGUGAUUUGUUUUCAAAUAAGAAACAAAAGAGUGUGUCGGCUAAGGAACUAAUAGUGCCGGAGAAAAUACCACCGAAAGCUGCGGCUAUCUUACACAUACAUUCUCCUGAGAAUGAUAAAAUGAAGAAGAAGUUAAAAGGGAUGGGGAAGUCGGAAUCUGCGAAGUCGAUGGCGGAGUUGAUGUCGAACAAGCGCGUGCGUCGAGGAUCGGAGAGUGACAUGUGUCCGAGCCAAUCACGUGGUUGUGUGAACCCUGCGUUUGUGUACAGCACGCCGCCAAAGGACAGGAAGAUGCCGAUGUCACCCACCGCAUUUCUGAAGCUUCAGUACGGCGCUCUACUCGAGGGGUGCGGGGGGGAGCUGCCGUCGCUGAGCGCAUGCGCCCCCCACCCCCCGCACCUCGACAAGGCAACACGUCGGCAACAGAAGGACGCGCGAGCGCAACAAGACAAAAUCGCACAAGUUAACAUACACUUACACGCACUGUUCGCGGCCGUGGAACAUGGCUACCUGGACAAGGCGCGGAACAUUCUGGAAUCCACCGAUGUCGACGUCAACAGUCUCAAUGCUGAUGGGCUGUCACCGCUCGAUGUGGCCGUUCUUGCAACCAACAGACAACUGGCGAAAAUGCUCAUGGAAUUCGGUGCUAAGGAAGGAACGCAAUUCAAGAACUCAGAUUCGUUGGGAACUCAUCUUCGGCGACUGGCGCGUGAAGCAGAGUCCAAGUUACACGAGGUGACAGGCUGCGCUCCUGAGAGAACCUGCCGGGAAGAUGCAUGUACCAGGUCUUCGGCUGCCAGUCAAGCAGCGGGUACAACGGGAUGCGCGGGCGGCGCUGGUUCCGAGAAAGACAAGCAAGCGCAACAUUGGGAAAGGAGAGUGAGAACUCUUAAGCGUCUUGUAGUGGGUUGGCAACAGACCCGAGUACCGCCGGCCCCUCCACCACCAGACCUUGAGGUGUGUGGUGCUCAUUCCGUGUCAGUAAGACUGAAGGAUACCCGCGCCAUGCAAGCUGUUCCGAAAGACCUACCCAUCAUUACUAAGUAUAAAGUGGAAUGGUCAUCACGUGCGGACUUCUCAAACGUAUGUGGGUUUCGUGAGGUAGCGGCCUCAGGUACCAACAGUGGCACGAGAGUGCUAGCUGCGGGCCUGACGAGAGGUCGACGAUACUUCUUCAGAGCGGCUGCCGGAAAUAUCAAGGGAUGGGGAGCUUAUACCGUCUCAGUUCCCAGAAGUGUUGUUCCUAGCAGUUGGCGCGACGUAAGCACGCGGGGCACUCGCUCGUCAUGCGGCGCGGGCGGCGCGGCGGCGGCUCUAGAGGCGCUGUCGGCAGCCGCCGCCACCGCACGCGCUCGCCCUGCUGCGCACCACGCGCGACUGCCGCGCAAGAAGACUGCAACUAUAAGACAGCUCUUCACUGCGGCUAGCAAGUUCCAGAAGAAUCUUAGACGAGGCGUAUACCUAGCGUGUAUCUUGUACCAUGAGGACAAAGUGCUGGUCACCAGCGAAGAGUUCCUGCCAGUCAUCGAAGUGGACGAGACCUACCCCACCUGCAUCUACACCGAUUUCCAUUGGCUCAUGAAGGUGUCGUGUUCAUGGGACGACGUGAAGGCGUUACGGUCAGACAUGGAGAAGCAUACGUCGUCCUCCAUACACUUCAGACUCAAGCUUCUGACGGCGGCCGCUCAGAUGCAGUCUGCGUUAUGCAUACAGGAUUUAGGUCAACUAUACCACAAGCCGCUCCGAGACUCGCACGGCACCAUCGUCCUGUCGUGCGUCAACAGCGUGAAGUCAGUCAAGUCGGUGUCGGCGCUCAACUCGCGCUGGGCGGCCGUGUCCCGACUCCGGCGGAGAGUGCUCAGCGAGGAUAAUACGAUAGGAGAACUGCUGAUGGCUUCGGUUCAUGAGCAGAUUGCUUAUCAUCAGGUGUCUCGCGUGCAACUACCCCGUGGCUUGUACCUGGGCUACCUGAAGCUGCAGUCGUCGGUGGAAGUAGUCCGCAUCGUGGCGCCAGCGCGCACACCCAACGUGCCGCCGCACACACGCGUCAGGGACAACCCACAUGUUUCUGCAGAGGAAUGGGAAUACCUAAAGAACCAAUCAGGCAAAUGCGACGACUCGCAGCCAAUCAACAGCCUUGCAAUCAGCGGUCAGGAGCGGCCCUCAGAAUCUCAAGAAAUGUUCCUCGACCUCAUCGCAUCAGGCGCACGAAGACUCUUCAAAGAGAUGGAGAUCCCCAUAGAAAGCGUAAUAGCCCACCGAAUAUACGACCUUGAAGUAGUCGAACUAAACAACGACGUCAGCUUCAUCAUGAUAUGUCCCCCCGCUGAACAAGCCUGCUCAGUGCCGGGACAAAAGGAAAUACUCCUACAGAAAGGCGAUCUACUCAGCUUACCAAUCCAAGCAUUCGAAAUGAUUCACCUACAAACUUAUCACACAAACAUUCUGAACAAAUACUCGAAACUCAGCUGCGUGCUAGAACUGGAUGUAGCUCUAGCCGCCCACUCUCAUAGAGAAGCGUUUUCUUGCACUGAACUACAGACAGCCAAAGAGAGACUAACCAAACUAGAAGAUCUACAGAAUAAUCUAAACACAGUAUGGAAAGCUGAACGAUGGCUCAUGGACCUCAUAGGUUUCGCGAGAGAUAAGGACAAAGCUGCACCUAGUUCUGGUAUAGUGCUCAAAUAUAUUCUGGACAAAACACCAUCGCAACCCACUGAGAAUACUACAGAAGUUAAUGAGACAGAUAGCAAGUUUAAAGAUUUCCUUCAGAUACCUUCAAGAGAUGGCAAAAUAACUAAAACCUCUCCCGGUAGAGGCUCAUGGCCAGGGCCCGCUGGGAACGGCAACCAUGCCAACCUACAUCCAGAGUUCAGCAAAUCUGAACAACAGUUGAGCCUAUCCCCUCGCCAAACAUCUGUAUCUACACUAAACCUUUGCAGUUCACAAUUCUUAAACCCAGAUAACCACAAAUUUCCCAGAAAAGGCAGUGCCGACUCCCAGUACACGCAAUCCAGUGCAGUCAGCAACAAUUUCAUGAGCAGUAAUUCCCAGUUCGAUAUAAAGUCAUCAGGAGGCUCUCACAACAGUAUUGGUAGCAAUCGCUUACCACCUUCCAGAAGUGAAGAUACUCUCGUACUUCAGAACGAAAAUGUAGAACCGAAGCCGAGGCCUCACAGUAUUAACGCCAGUUCAACCACAUCGAGUCCUCUGUUAACUGUAAAAGGCUAUUAUCCUGGCAGUAUGAUUAGCGUUAGAACGUCGAAAGGAAAUGUUUCAGAGUCCGCCCAGAGUCUCUCGAGUGAUUCCGAGAGCCAGACCUGUCCGAUAACGUCAGUUCCUUUGAAAGUCCGUCCUCAAGGGAAGCAUUAUAGGAGCCCUUGUAACGUCAUUGCUUCGAAGAGUAUGACGAAUGUGAAAGGAGAGGUAGACUUCACGGAUACUGGGCAAGAGUAUGCCAAGUCCAAUUUGUGCGUCAAACGUCAGCCGUUGUUGGAGACGCAGGAAGACGCAGAGUAUAACAAUAAAGUUCCAAAGACUGAUGAGAGGAGGGAUAGUGAAGAUGUGAAGGCGCCGGAGCCGCGGACACCCGACCAGGCGGGGAUACUGCAGGUAUUCGCUGCAUACGAAACCGGCCUCGCGGCGGGAACAUCGCUCAAGCUGCACGUGACGCCGCGGACGUCAGCGCGGGAGGUCAUCGACCUCGUUGUCAAACAACUCAACAUGGCCGCCGUUCUCAAAGGAAAAUCAGGACCCGUUUACGGCCCUGAGAAACUACAAGACUUCUGCUUAGUUGCCGUCAUAGGUGCCCGUGAAAGAUGCCUCCGAGACGAUUUCAGACCGCUACAACUCCAAAAUCCAUGGAGAAAAGGAAGAUUGUAUGUCAGGCUCAAACACGAUGUGUUGGCAGCAUUGCAGCAUUCUGCUAAACAGCCCGCGUAUAUUUGAAAAGGUUUUUUACUAGGCGAGGGAAUAGAGAUAUUGUUUUGUGGCAUAAGUAGGAUUUAUUGUUGGAACUGUUUAGUCACCGUAGGAAGGUAGUUAGUGCUUGUAAAUAAGACUUGUGGAAAUUGUUAAGCCGUCUAAAUAACUCACCGCCUACAGAGAACUAUGAUUUCUGCUAAAACUUAAUUGCCUGUCCAUUGAAGUCAGUUUCGAACAUAGGUAACUGUUUGGCUAAUUAUCUAUCAACAUUAAAAAUAAUUGUUAUAUUUUUUAAUACUUUCUACAGUGACUAGCAUUUUAAUUCCUUUCAUUUUUGGUGCCAAUUCUGAUUAUGUUAAUGCUUUAAAUAGUUAAGUAAAAGUUGUGAGUAAUAAUAGUAAAUAUUUAAAAACAGAAUUUAUGGUGCUUUUCACUGUAAAAUAUUGUCGCUUUAACGUCUCUAUCAGAUUUCCAUGAAUUAUUUGUUAGACUGGUAAAGAGUUUAUGCUUAACGAAAUACCUAGCUAUUCCUGUUUAGAUGAAUUUCUUCUUGUCGUGCUGUUUCUGUAGUUCUAACGAUCAAUUUAAACUAUCUUAGGUCGUAGACUCAAUCGUUAAUCUAAUUCCAAUUUCAUAGAGAAUCAUUCAAAAUUCAUUGUUGAAAAUAAAAGUAUUUUUUUGAGUUGGUAACAUUGUCAUUUAUUACUUCAGAGUGGAUAAAGGAAUUAUCAAAGUGCCUCAUUAUUUCCAAAAAAAUAUGUAAUUCAGAUAAAGUCAUAUCUCAGAGGUAAACAGGGUUACCUACAUUUUAUUACCUAAUCCAUGAUACACGUAAUAUUUUUACAGUCUUUAUCUAUCUAUCUAUGUGAUUUAAAAGCAAUAAAAUAUCGAACUCGAUGAACUAACUCUGACUUACCUACAUUAUUAUCGAUCUUCGUUAGAUAUUCAUCGAUAUUUUUUUACCACCGCAGUAAAUUAUAAAUUAUAUAAUCUAUUCUACAUAAGCGUCAAUGUGGUUAGAGAAUCUAUGCAAUUAUAAAAAAAAAAAACAACAAUUGUUAUCGAAUAUAGUGUAGAAUUAAGUGUAAAUAAUUUAAAAAUAAAAAAUAAUCUAUCUAUCAGUAUAAUGAAUUAUGUAGAUAAUAUUUUGAUAAUUUUAGUACUUAUGUGAAUGUUCAGAAGUUAUUUUGUAAAUAACUUGUUUUCACUUUUACGUCGUAAUUCUCAUUUUCAUGGUGGCAAUGUAUUGAUUUACCUAAUCCUGAAUAAUAAAUUGUCUCCGAAAAUAAAAUGCAAAAAGAAUUGGCCAUUUUAUUUUAAAAUGAAUUUGAAAUUAGGUACCUAUUUAAUCUCAGGAUUAGGUAGGUAUCUACAAUACAUUUUAUAUAAUACUUUUUAGAUUUUAUUACUAUGUCCACCCUAUGUUCUGUCGCAUUAGUUUUUAUUACCUACAUAUUAGUUGAAUACUUAGAUCUCUUAACAAAAUAAUUUGUUUACUUAUUUAAAUUAUUUACGAGUAUUAUCCUAUUGACAUGAUUGUGAACGGACUGAACGGCUGUUUUUGUUUGUUUUAAACAUAAUACUCAAAACUUGUCUAAUUUACAAUAAUUUUAUUGUACUGUAAAUGUAAAUUCUGUAGUUAAUCGCUGUACAAAAGGGAGUGUAGGUAAAUUAAAUCAGAAUAUAUAAAAAAUAUGUAAAAGAAAUUAUCAACGAUUCGAGCCAUAAAUAAAAGAUUAUAUUGCAAUUUUGAAUAAAGCCUAACUGAAUGUCUUAUGAUAUAUAAAUAAUUUAAAGUUUUAUUUUAGAUUAUAUCAUGUAUGUAUUCACCCUAUCUGGUGUUGUACAUUAGAAAUUAGCGAGAGUGGGGUUAUGAAAUGAUGCACAAAAAUAAAUGUAUUUCAAAUCUU